UUAUGUUCCAGUAGAGAAUAUAUCCAGGAAUUUGCGUGGAGAUUUCACGCAUUGGUGGGCCCGGGCAGGCUCGUUGCCGAAUGCACGUUCGAGCGGUGUAUCUUCUGACAUGAGCUCCUCAUGCUCCUCGUGUUCCAGGCGCAGAAUUCGACAAGGGGAGCAGUAUAAACUCCCGUCAUUGAUCGUUAACUUGGUAAUCGAUCUAGCUUCGUUAUGCAUUUUUCGGCUCCUUCCUGGCCUUUGUAGCCUCACUUUGUUCGCUAGCUGCUCCCCGUUUCUUCAGCGUUACCACCUAGCUUACCCAUCUCCUCGUAGUGCAUUAAUUUACCGGGUCGCUCGAAAGAGGCUUCGGCGUCUGUUGCAUGGGGUCAUCGCCACGCCAUUCUUUCGCUACCUCCGAAAGCAUCUCUGGCUAACCUCAGAUAUUUGACCCCGCGGGUGAAUCAAUCCCCGAUUUCCUGAUGUCGAGAAUGCCAUUUUUUGCCCCUCGGAAAGGCAUUUCCCCGACACAGCCUAACCAACUUCCACUUCUCUUCAAAGCACUCACAAAUCCUUGAGGCUGUUGCCGUC